AUGUCCCCAGCAAGGAUGAGAUUAGGCGCGCAAGAGAGGAUUUUGAAAGUUGAGUACUGGGACUACCGUAAAAGCAUUCGUACAGCUGGCUUCAAACUCCUGCAAAAUGCCAUGGCGACGCAGAAAUCAGGCAUUGCAGAGCUUUUGAAGAAAUUGGUCAGUCUUCUCCAGGGAGAGAAUGUAUUAUGUUGUCUCGUUGGUGAAAUUGCCUUGAACUACUACAACGUACCUCGGGUUAUACAUGACAUUGAGAUUUGCGUGCCUGCUGGACAAUUUGCUAGGGCUGUUGGGGUCUUUGCACGACUAGAUACCGGCCUUCAAAAACUCGAACCUCCGGAGACAGACGUGUUUAUCCAAUACAAGCGACUUUGUCCACGAUUUAGGGAUUACAGUUUCGCGGACAUCGAUGUCGUCCUUCUUGAAGAUGAUGACUAUGGGUUUGCGUUGAACCACACAGCUCUCACGACCCAGGUAUCAAGCUCCACGUACAGCAAAGAGAUUCUGAAUGUAUUGCCGGCAGCGGACAUAGCAGAUUUGCCCUUUCCAAAACUUCGGUGUUUCUUUAGCGGAGUCUGUCAGAGGUAUAAGGCCUCUGGUGAGGCUUUUUUUGGUAUUGCCUCGGAGCAGCUGGUGGAUGGCAUGGACAUCAGCGAAGAUGAUUGCCGUGAUUGUCUGCCUGAGACAUCAGCAGUAGCGAGAGAAUAUGCAGUCGAGCUCGCCAAAACGAAACGGGACAGGAUUGACUACUUUUCAGAUAACACUAUCACAUGCUACGUGGCAGACGAGGAUGAAGCAGCAUUGCUGUUUUAUAUCCCUGGUCAUAUACACAAUCCGGUCGUGAAGCAUAAAUAA